AUGGUAAAACAACGGAAGUCGAAGGCACCGGGCUCAGCAAAGAUUGUAAAUGAUGCUGGUGCUGUUCCAAGUCGAAUGAAUGUGUCAAAUACCAAUCUCAACGGCAAAAUAGAAAACAUGAGUCAAGACGAUGACACCAUGGAAAAUGGCGUAGAGCCGGCACUAAAAAACAAGAAGUCAAAAACUCGCAAUUUGGGAGAGCUCGUGGAAGAGCAGCGGAGUGGUAAUAUAAAGGAAGUCCCGCAUUCGUCUGGUGUUUCUCUGGCGGUUCAAAUGGCGCAGGGAUUGAUGUCCAAUGAUGUGUUAAAGCUAGACAGCGUUAUGAGAGAGUCGAAGAUGGAAAUAAUCCAGAAUUCGCUUUCUCCUCCUGACUGCCGCAGCGUUGGCGAGUGCCGACACUGCGGCAGUCGUAGGAAAAUCGAGAAUAUCAAAGGAAAAAUGAACAAGAAAAAAAAACAGAAGCUUUACUCCUACGCAAGAUGCAGAAAUUCAAGUUGUAGGCGGCGUUCGCCACUGAGAGAGGACGAUAGUUCUCGUCCAGAAAACAUUACGAUUCCUACCACCGCUAACGAGAAUGAACUGUCGCCUGUGAGAAUGGAUACAAGAGCAUUAAACGAGACUGUUGAAUGCGACCUUUGGAAUCUCAGUGUACGAUCUCUGCGCCGAAAUUUGGACAUUCGCCGCGAACAGGCUGAAAUUCUGAUUAGAGAUUUUGAAGAGAAAACAAGGGAUAUCGAGCAAAUUACAAAGUCGAUAAGAGCCCAAAUCAUUCAGUAUAACCGCGCAGUUUCUGAAAGAACGAAGCUAAUUAAUCAACUGGAUGAGUUUUUUUCGGAAGAAAAAGUGCUACACUCAACUUCUCGUCGGGCUGGGGUAGAACCCUUAGACCUGGGUCAGUUGGAGGAGCCUGCGACAGCAGACGAAAGGAACAACAUUUUGGUGUCGGAAUCUGCAGCGGAUCAACAAAGCUCAUUGUCCGAAGAUAGUACUGAUGUAGGAAUUAUACGCACUGCCUCGCAGUCUACCGUUUGCGAAGAGUCACUUUCUUACUUUGAUGAAGAAGAGAAGACUCGUAGUUCAGCAAGCUCUUUUACUCUGCACCAAUCGGAUGUGGAUGAUGCGAAAUUGGAAAAGCAACAUAUCGAUGCGGAGCCUCAUCCAUCACGUAGAACCUUGGACACAGUGGAAACCCUGGCGAUGUUGUCACGUCAGACAGUGACGGUUGGCGGUGAUGAAAACUCCUUGGAUGAUGCCGACCAGCUUCUUGACAAACUGACAGAGGUUGCCACAAUUGAGGAAGUUUCACCUGAAGAGCAGUCAUUGUCAGGCAGUGCAAAAUUAUUUGACAGAACUUUCACAAAAACUGCUAUUACUGGGCCAAUGCUGCCGAAUGCGCCUUCUGUAGAAGCAGACCAGUCUGUGGACGUGGUAGACGGAAUGAACGACGUUAUGAUAACUCCUCACGAAAACACCGGAUUGGAAGUGUCUAUAACCAACUCUGGAAUUUGGAGUGAAGCAGAAGUUAGCGUUCCAGACAUAACUGUAACACAUGUUAGUGAAGACGCCUCCACUUUGGAAACGCCAAGCUUUAUCGGAGAUGCAGCUGACAUAGCCGAAACCGCGGAAAGUGGAAAUACUAAUCUCAGUCCACUUGAGCACAGCCAUGGAGAGACGGAAAAGGUUUCGAACGAAGGAAACCUUGGUGCGGAUUACGCAGAGCCCUCCAGUGUGGACGAAGCGCGCCGCUCCAAAUUACAAAACGAUCUUAGUACGUGCCCAAGGCCCAAGAUAGAGAUCAGAGCAGAGAGUCAAGAACAGGAAAAGUUAGUUAUUGGAGAAGUGUGGGACGUUGAGCUGAAGUCUGAGGAGAAACAGGAGAAGGAUGCGUUUGAACUUCUUUCCAUUGACCGUGUCAGCUUAGAUCUCAGUCGCCGCAAAAUUUGUGACUACCUGUCCAAUUUAAUUCUGCAGUCGCUUUCGGAUUCGCCUAGACGACGAUUAGUGCCGCAAUAUAGUCUAAACGAAUCGUUACUCGAUGAUUCUGUUCUGGAAACUCCGAAAUCCCCUUGCGCACCCAAAGAGAGAUUCGAGAAUAAAGUGCCUGGUUCAAGUCUUCGUCUGCUUGACGAUAGUCUCAGAUCAGACCUAACGGACAUCAUCGUAAACGAUUUCGUUACAAAUCCUGUAGAUGAAAUUGACGAUUCGAAGGAGUUUGCAUGUCAACUCUCUUUCUUGAGAAAAGAGGAGCAGGUCUCCUCAUCGCAAAAUCUAUUUGAGCUGGAUGAUACGUAUGAAGAUCUGCUUCCAAUCGAAAAGCAUGCGCCAAGUCUACAUCCAAUGCUCUCACCUGCUGAUCGUAUUCCUGGAUCACCUCAACUGGUGGCUGAUACACCACAAAAGGAACCACCAACGCAGUCUUUUACAAAGGAUGCAAAAGAGAACCGACUUACGGAGUUGAAACAGAUUUUGCAUUCGGACAACUGGAUGAUGGCGAAAUGUCAGCAACUGGUGGAACCUUUAUGGAGCAAAAUAUGCGUUAAAGGUUUUAUACUUCCGUUGUAUGAUGAUUUCGUUGCCGUCCCAGUUGUGCCAGAGGAGAUAACAACAGAAGGCGAAGAUGAGCAGCUUUUGGUGGAAAAUCAAACGUUCUUGAUUUGGGCGACUAUAAUCGAAUUAGCGUCAAAAAUGUGGCCUGAAUCGCAAACGGAAAAAAUAAGAUUGAGUUCAAAAAUGCUUCCCAUUCCAAAAAAUGAGGAGGAAUUCUGUGAGAAAGCAACUUACUACGUGCUAGAACAACUUAGUGAAAUGCCUCCUUCGCAUCGUUAUAAUCGAAUUUCUCUUCCUCCACCAUCUCCAUUUGCUGAUACAUCCGUGGACAAAGCGAUAGCAAGGCACGAGUAUCAAAAAGAUGUCCACAGUUUUGUAGGAGAUGCGGGGCGGAAAGAGACCCAGGGCAGAGAGGUGGACAAGGAAUACCGCAAGCUAUGCCAAGAAAUCAUUGACCAAGUUGGUGAUCGCUUCGUCUCUGCAGAAAAGUACAACUCCUGA